AUGAAGACGCCGGAUGGAUCUGUAUAUGACAACAAACCGGCCAUCAUCAACUACGCCAGAUGUGAAUCGAUCUUCUCUUCUGAAGCGCGCACGUUCGACUUCAACAUCUCAGACAGCGACGAGGCUGAAACUCAUUGGCGUCUAUUCGACUCAUCCAAUUCCACAAUUGGCGGUCGUCUCUCUGGUAUAAUUCACGUCCAGAAAGGCGAAGUCGAACAGACCUCAGAUAUCCAAGUCCGGCUCGAAAUUAAUUCCAGCUCUAUUGCAGACUACAAGAAUGUUGUUUACAACCAAACUGCAACGGGCCUCAGCCUGGACUACCUUCCCUCCGAUCAUGAUGAAGACGUUUGUACAGAAAUCAAAGUUAUGAUAUACCUCCGUCCAGAAUCACCCGUGCGCAUAUUGGAUAUCCUUGAGAUCAAAUCCGAGACAUUCGAUCUGUGGAUCCACGACUGGGCCUGGCAGAUCAACAGCCUCAUCACACAUACUUCGCACGGCGAGUACACAUACGAAGGCGGCAAAGGCGAGGACCCGUUGCAUCCACACAACAUUGAUUCCAGCUCAAUAACAGGAGUCAUGUGGGGCUGGUACGGCUGUGAAGGCACAAUGAAGGUGCACAGCGAAAGCGGGCAGAUCAUCUUGAUGCUGGUACCGCGGUAUACGUUCACGAGAAAACCGAUGCGACCAGAACUCAUCUCGGUAUACACAGUCAGCGGAGACAUCAACGUCGCUGCGCUCUGGGAAUAUUGGCCACAGCAGCCUUUUACACAUCGCACGAAUAUCCACUCGGCUUACGGCAAUAUAGUCGCGGAGAUCCCGCAUGGUUCGUUCACCAAUCUCGUGAGCAUCAGCGGCAAUAUAAACGCGUAUCUACGACCAUUUGCUGCCGUAAGCCCCGACGACGAAAGCACGAUUUCUACGACUUCACUGUAUGGUAACACGGUUUUAUAUCUAUUUAAUACAGGCCGAGAGCUCUUGGAUGAGAUGUACGAUCCCCUUCUCAGUACGAAGAGUUCGCACUACGUCGGCACUGGUGAUUUGUACCUGCGGUACCCGUUCAGUUGGUUUGGAAUCAUGGAUGCGAUUGCGAAAGACGGCGAGAUCAAGUUCAAUGCGAGUGCGCUGGAUGAGGUAGAGGAGGGUGAUGGGUUCGUUAAGGCUGUUAGAGGGAGAGGAGCAGCAAGUCGCAUGGAAGCGGUUGUUGGGUUGAGGGGGAUGAUGGAUGUCACACUGGGUAUUUGGGAUACGGAUGAUUGA